AGCCGGGCCAGGGGAGAAGAGAAGAAGAGCUGGCUGAGCAGCGAAGCUGUUCGUGGGUCGGCCGGGCAAGGGCGGGCGGCAGGAAGGCAGGCAGGUGUUCCAGAAAACAAGAGCUACUUUUCCCCUGUGUGCUACAAGUGUCGUGUAAACAGCAUCCCACCGCCAGGGACCCUGCAGAGCUCUCAUUAAAUUGAGUCCUGUUCUCGUUUUCCGUAUGGCAUCCAGCCCGUCAGCUGUGAACUCUGCCUUGCAGGCUCCUGUCUGUGGCCACGCACCCUUCCUUGUCCUGCUGGGAUGACGUUGGCAGCUUCUUCAGGAAAUGUAGCUGUGGCUGGCAUCAGACAGAAUCCCUGAUGCUCUGCCAGUCUGUGAAUAGAACCAAAAAUCCUCCACGUACUUGCUCUUGUAGUUAUGUAGGACAGGAAGCUGACAGGAGAGAAGCUGAGAAGUCUCUCGUGCCUCUGGAAGGAGGAACAAGAUCUGUAUGCUCUGAAAAGGUCUACCGUGGAUUUCUGCCGCUGUAUGCUAACAGGAAAGAAAAAAAAUAAAACAAAACACAGCAGUCUGAGGAGAUUCAGUUGUAAUGUAUUCAGUGACUGUUCCAGUACCAGUAGGUGAAGCAAAUAAUGGACAACAUAAGAAAGCUACUUUUUUCCUUUUUCUUUUUGGGGCCAUAUUGCUCUGUGGUGGAUUCUUGCUUUCAGUUUUUACCCUACAGUCAUGCCCUUUUGAAACCUUCAGUGACUGUAGUGGGGUCCUGAAGGCUUCUGGGCCUGUGCUGGGUGUAACUGGAUUGCUUUGCAUUUUAAUCGCAAGAUCAAGGGCCAGGCUUUAUAUAAGCCAAAGACAGUUGCAAAAUGAGCAAAUAUGUAGCCUUUUUUUUUGUCGAGGAAACUGCCAGUUUGCCCAGUUUCUCAUCUUUGGAUUCCUGUUUUUGACAAGUGGAAUGCUAAUUAGCAUCCUGGGCAUUUGGGUCCCUGGCUGCAGCCCUGGCUGGCCCAAUAUACAGCUCAAUCAGACUAGCAGUUCUGAUGGGGACCUCCAGGGCUGUGGAUUCCUGUCAUUUCAAAUCCUGGGGCCUUUGAUUGUGCUUACUGGGUUGUGUUUCUUCGUGAUAGCUCAUGUUAAAAAGAAGCAAAACUUAAAUCUCAACGAAGAAUCUCUGGAAAAUGAAGAACGUCCUCAGAGCCCUGAAUCUUUUCAGGUUACACUGGGUGAUGCUGUGUUGAUGUUCCCACCUCCACCACCACCUUAUUUUGCUGACCCUUUGUCUCCAGCUGUGACACAUUGUCUUAUGUCAAGUGGUUUGCCUGCAAGCAGAAAUCCUCCACCAUACCAUUCUGUAUUCAGUGACAGAGAACAGUUUGCAGAUGAUGAAAGAACAGUUGCUGCUAGAGACGAUGAAACUAUAUAUACAAUCUCUGGGUGCAGUUCACCUUUGGGUAUCUCCCCAGUGCGGUUUUUCUCCUCUGAACCACCUCCAGACUAUGAAGAAAAAGCAUCAGUGGAAAGUAAUGAAUAUUCCCUUUCUUCUUCUGUUUCAUCUUUUUCUUUAGUGACUUCUGACACCAGCUCAUAGAGGCCUGUCAGAUAGACUGCAUUUUCGGAUGAAAUUGUACAUUCAGAUUUAUGAUCUUUAAAUUUAUUUACAUUUUCUAAUAAAAUCAGUAACGCUG